AUGCCACUGUUCCAAAGACUCAGCCAGCGGUUCUGGGACUAUGUCUCACCGCGCAAGACACAAGCGCGGCGCGACAAGCCCUUCAAAGCGAAAGUCACUCCUCUUUCUACCAAGCCAACACCUCGCAAACAUGGACGCAAGCCCGUUCGUAGUUCUUUGGGACGCUCCAUGAGUCCCGACACUCGCAUCGACAACUGGCAGCUCGGCACACCGCCCUUGAUACAGAGAUCCUCCAAUCCCGGCGAGCGUCUUAUGCUCACGCCGGCUACCUCGAGAACCGCCGACCUCCAAACGCCAGGUCUCGACUUUGAAGGCGACACCUUGAUCGACGAUCUUGGGAGUCCAUCAGUCCACCAAGACAGCACCCUGAACGUCAAUGAUGAGACGAUUGUUGUCACUGAAAAGCGCUAUGAAGGAUUUAAGCAGAAGACGUUCGACCGAGAAUCGGUUCUUGAGAAACAUGCCGAACAGGCUCGUAGCAUGCGCGCCGAGGGAUGGACUGAAGACGCGAUUGAGUUGGUUCAGAAGUUCCAGAUGCGUGGCUUUGAGCCGCUGAUGCCGAAGAGCUGGGAAUUGGACUUCUCGACACUACCUAGCGAGCUAUUUACCGCGAACAACGAGGAAGCUUUCAUCAAAUCCGUCGUAGGGAAGGACUUCCGAGCAACUAAAGCACUCAAUGCGCUAAUCGGCCUCGGACCGCGCGUCCGCGAUGCUCUCGAAACCAAGAACCCUUUCCGUCCUCCGGAGCAAGUUAUCCUUCGCGCUCUGGAAAGCUACCUCAAAUGGUCCUACGACGAUGGUGGGCUCAGUUUCGCCACGAUCCCCAUCCUGGUGUUAGAGGCCGGAAGCAGCGAGAUGAGUACGGAAGAAAUUGGCAAGAACAUGCUUGCUAAGCUUGGCAACCUCCGUGACUACUAUGCCGAUGCGUUCCGCAUUCAUUCCAGCGUAGAGAGCGCCGAUGGUUCUCAGUCGUUUGAGCCACCAAGCGAGGCAUUUUCGCAUGAGCUGCCCACCCUUUAUGGCAUCGUUAUGGCCUCUACGUUGAUGGCUUUUGUCGCGUAUGACUGCUAUACGCCGGAACCCGAGUUGCACAUGAUGGGCAUGUUCAAUUACAAGCAGAGCGACUACGAUGUCUGGAACAGCCUUGCGGCGGCAAUUCUGGUCGUGCACUGCAGAAACAAGACGAUGGAACUAAAGAACGAUAUGACGUCCAUGGCUGAGCUAGGUUCGGCUAUGUUUACGGCGGAUGACCCGGACGCGUAA